AUGGCGGAAAGUAGAUGUACAUUACAAGAAGACAAUGAAGUUUCUGGACGUGUCAAGGACAUUUGGUGUCAGUCAUGUUUGAAUAAGAAUAAACAAACUGUAGCUGAUAAGUUUUGUUCAACUUGCAACGAAGUCCAGUGUACGGAAUGUUCAAAUGUACACAACGUACUUGCUAUCCUCAAAACUCACAAGUUAGUUAACGCGAAUGAAGCUGUAAUGAAACAAGACUCGUUUGAUAUGAAAGGAUUAGACCGAUGUAAUCAACACAAAAAUAUUAUAAAAUUCUCCUGUGAAGAUGAGAAUCAACUCUGUUGUAGUACUUGUGCUAUAGUUGAUCAUUGUAAAUGUCACAACGUUGUAGAAAUUCAGAAGCUUGCUAACAAAAUUAUAUCACAAACUUCAAUGGUAAAGGAAAAAUUGCUAGCUACUAAAAAAUUGGCUGAAGGCAUUAUAACGAAAAUCAAGACUUCAAAUGAGAAAUUAAAUCCAGACGUGAAUGAAAUUCCUGAAACAAUUAAUCAAGUGCGAGAUGAAGUAAUAGGAAUGUUUGACAAUUUGAAAGUUUCCAUCGUUAAAAGAACGACUACUUUUCAUAAGGAAACACUAACACAACUUACAAUAAAUCAGUCGCAAAUAGAAAAUUAUUUAACGGAUAUUAUAACACGUCUGGAAACAAUUGAUAGUGUUUAUAGAAAUGGUAGCUCAUCGCAACAAUUCAUUGUAGACAAUAAAAUGGAAAAUGAGGUCUAUAUUCUAUCCAGACACUUGAAUGAGAUAUUUAAAAAUUUAGAGACGGUCAGCGUUUCUUUUCAUUUUGACAAAACAUUAUUGUUGCCGCCAUUUCAAGUAACUGAAUAUGUUCCGGGACAACUGGCAUUUAAACAUCAUUUUGUUAAUAGUCCGGUGCUAUUAACGCCUGUUUCUUUUAUUGAUUUGAGGAAGACUAUAGAUGACAAAGAUGAACCGUUCCUUUCAGGAAUAGACUUUCUACCCGAUGGUAGACUCGUCGCGGUUGACAAUUUUAACAAGAAAUUAUUACUAUAUAAUGAGAGGCUUAAGAAAGUGAUCCUACCAGCCACAAUCUGUAGCGGUUGUCUCUUUGUUUGUACAUAUAGUAAGAACAGUGACACACUGGUGCUAACAGACAGAUGCAAACUUGUUGUCUACAUAUAUGAUAUCAAGACAGACACGCGAGUCGUAGUGAAGGAUGAUCAGGUAAAGGAACCACGUGGUGUAGCAGUUGGUCCUUUCGAUGCUCUCUUUGUUUGCAGUCAUGGAACAGACUCUAUUGUACAGAUAUCACAAACAGGUCAGAUUUUGUCAUCACACAAGAUAGAUAUGAAAUUUUCGUCUAGA